GAAGCUUUAGCAAUAGUGUGAAGAUCAGAUGUGGAUUUUCUUUUCUGCUGCACAUGCAGUACUUCCCAUGGAGCAUCUUCAGAAACAGAGAUCUCACAAGUUCUAAUUGCUGAUCCUUUUGGGAAAGACAUAUGUUUCUGUGGGGCUUUGAAGUGAGCUGUUCUCACACAGAUAACAGCAAUUGUCUGUCAGAAAGUGGCGUUUCAGCGUGUGGUGGUAGCUCUUUAUGUUUGGGAGAACAGGUCAGCGCACACACACAGCCCAGCUGAACGUUUCUAAUGAAACGUGAUGAAGUCGCACUUCUUUAAAAAUUGAAGAAGUGGCAUACAUUUUGAUAAUGGAAUAAUGGAGACUCCCUACCCCAACUAUCAUCUCUGUUCACGAUCAUUAGGAUGCGGAAUAUUAAGAGCAGAGCAACUGGGCGUAACAGCCGACGUCCAACAUCUGUCAUGCUGGAGUCCAUGAGUGUUCAAUUGCAUCCUAUUGUUUUUGGAUUAUUCAACCUCAUUUCAUUGUCAUUGCUUUUGCUAGGGAUUAAUCAGCUGUUUACAACUACACCAAGUUUUGGAGUCAUAAUGAAAACAAUUGAGCUAUAGUUCUAAAUAAAUAUACAGUAUUCAGUCUCUAAUGAAAAAAGUUACUAAUUUAUGAAUGCUGGUAACAAUUUAAUUAAGCUUGAAAUCAAUACAGAUAAUAAAUCAUUGUGUGGCAGGUUUUUUUUUUUCCUUUUGUGUACAUCAUAAAAAGAUCAUAUGGUGUUUCCUUGUAUGUUUAUGUAGUUAUGAUUUUAGUAAUACAAGUAUAGGAAAAGAAAGAUGUUUUAAUUAUGGGGCAUGGGUGUGAGUAUAUUGUGGUGCCUGUCAUUACAGUUGGUUGCAGAAUUGAUCCCUUGCUGCCAGCAAGCAGAUUUGGUUUUCACACCCUUUUUUAUUCUUGUCACUUAUUUAGAGAUAUUACUAAAAAGAAACCUUUAAUUCACAUCAAGUACACAUUUAUACUUUAUUAGGGUGUAUUAAAAAGGGCAGUUUUCAGACAGCUUGUAUACUUACAUGUUUUUGUGUAUAACUCAUAACUCAUCUAAAUAUUUUUUGCAAUUAUUAGAUAAAUCUAUAGCUACAUUUGAACUGUUUAAAUAUAUUUAAAUUAUUUUAAUGACUUGGAGUUCCCUGACAGGCAAAUAUAUAAUCCCCUUUUUUUCUUAAGAUACUACUCUGGUUGCAAUGUUUUGUACUUUAUAUAAUAUUGAAAUUGUGAAUGCUGGAGGGUUUCUAAUCAUUUGAGUUUACCUAUUUUGGUACCAUAUGUGCAAAACAGGGGUAUUCUUUGCCGUGUACCUUUUAGCUCUUUCUCCUGUUUCGUUAAUGCAGUUAUUUCUUCUAUCCUCAAUACAUAGCCAGAAUUUUCACAUGUUUUAAUGUACAAGUACUACAAUGCACAAAGAUUUUUUUUUCCCCGAGUUGCAACCGAUUAUCCAUUGAAAGGAUCUUUUGCUUAACUGCCCAGAGUCUUGUGAGGCCAGCCAGACACUACUCCAGAUGGCAAGUUGUUAGGGCUGGACAGAAUGGCUUUGGAAGACUUCUCACCAGAUGAAGGCUGUAAUGUUGGGAUUUCAGUGUUUGGCUUUUUUUUCUCCUGUAGUUCCCAGGGUGGGAAGGUGCCGGGAUGGCAGCAGCGUGCCGCCCGCCCACCUGCUACCACCUGUUUAGCUUUUGCAGUUUCUAUAAAGCCUCGUCUUGUCCACUCGACACAAUCGUUGCUGGCCGGCAGGAGCCAAGGAAAAAGAGAUCUCUCUUCGGAAGUUACGUCUUCAGAUCGCAGCCUGUCACCGUCGCAAAGUACUCUCCUAAACUGAGUCAGAACUUCUCAUUUGAAACUGCCUUCUGGAGUUCUUGUGCCUUUAAUCCAGUAAGAUCCUUCUUGGAUUAAACGAGCUAUUUUCUUCAGUAGCAUACAUUUUGAGAAUGGAGAUUUCAUUGUUUCCUCGCUCUCUUUGAGAUUAAAGAAAUUAAAAGAAUGAAAGCAUAGUACAUAAAAAAUGCUUCAUUCUUUCUUUCAACGAUAAGAAACAAUUUUCAGACGUUUCCAGAAGAACCAGAACAGCUUUUAUUUUCUAUGUUUAUUUUUUAGAAGCCAAGAAAAAUACUCUGUAUUUGAUAUCAGGAAACAAGAGGUACGACGGCUACUCCAUGAGUGCUUUCCUUACCACUUUUUAGAUACUGAAUUUUUGCUAGGCCAUCCCUGUGUGUGUGGAAGUGGAGCUCACCAGGUAUGAAAACCUGCAAAUGCAGUGCCCUGGCCUCGGGUGUGGCGGCAGGCGCGCAGUGCCGCGGUGGAGCAGGCUGCGCCGUGAGGUGCAGCUCGGAACGCAUGGAGAACGCUGCCAAGAGGAGGCUGGCAGCCAAUGCCCGCGAGAGGAGGCGCAUGCAGGGGCUCAACACGGCCUUCGACCGCCUGAGAAAGGUGGUGCCGCAGUGGGGCCAGGACAAGAAGCUGUCCAAGUACGAGACGCUGCAGAUGGCUCUGAGCUACAUCAUGGCUCUGACCAGGAUCCUGGCCGAGGCUGAGAGGUACGGCGGUGAGCGGGAGUGGAUUAGCCUGCACUGCGAGCACUUCCACGCCGACAGCUACCACCACUGCCCGCCGCAGAAACCCGCCGCCGACGGCGAGCCCUACGCACAGAGGGUGUUCAGCUACCACCCGGAGCACUUCCAAAUAGCCAAUUAGAACUUGCUGCCAGCUAGCAAUAUGCAGCAGGCCAGAUGUGUAAUUUAAUAAUUAGCAAGAGUUAAUCUGCUUGACUGAGGUAAUAUUGGCAUUAUAAUAGCUCGUUCUUGUUUGCAUCUUAGAGUAAUUUGACAAAAUAGAUUUGCUCUGAGAACAUAAAAUCAAAAGGCAUUUAAGAUGAUUGAAUUUAUUUAAUGCUGGUGGAAAUUACACUUUUAAUUUGAAAUAUUUCUGACAACUCUUUCCUAGUUUAUCUAGUGUAUUCGAUGCUUUAAUUAAAUAAGUUUUUGGUGUUUUUUAACUGUGAUGAAUCAUGACAGUGUUUCUACAGAUCGUGGGACAAGUUGACCCAUGGUGUGACUGAAUGGAAAAGCACCAGAAAUGAACUUCAUUCCAUGUUUUUAUGUCAGCUUUAAAGUUGUUCUUUAGUUUCUUUCCCAUAAAUGGUUCACAUGGAAAAAGUUUUAUAAUGUAUUGGAGUUCUAGUCCUCAGAGAACUAACUUUCUUAAACUUUGUAAGUUUGACAUAUGGGUUCCAAAGUUGUGUAGGUUUGCUUUAAUCCAAUUUAUGGUGUCUCUCGUAUGCUCGAAAAAGAGCUGGUUUCAAGUCAUGGAAGGAAUGUUUUAUUUUCAGUGGUUGUAAAAGCUCGUGUGACUACAUACUAUAAAUGAGAAUGCUUGUGUGAAAGUAAUCUAAGCUUCUAGAUUUUUGUAGUCUUUAAAUGAUGGGAUUUUAUUUUUUAAUCUUAUGUUACCUCGAAACAAUA